AUGCUCAAGAAGAUGGAGGAGCAGGAUGGUCGUGUUCAAGCUGGACAAGACUCGCAUCACCCAUUGAUGAUUCUAGGCAACCAUGCCUCCUUCCUGGAUGUGAUCCUGGCAGUAGUCUCGUUGCCUUUGCCAGUUAUGCGGAGAUGCCGAACCUAUAUGGAUGCACAUCUCUUCAACCUCCCUGUGUUGGCCACAAUUUGUCGCGCAGUUGGGCACUUUCCGGUGUACUUCACCAGCAGCAAGAAUGGCGUGUUUGCCGUUGACAAGGAGAGAAACGAGCAGGUUGAUAAGCAAGUGGACCAGUUCUUGAAGGAGGGUGGCUGGCUUUGCUUCUACCCAGAAGGCCAGCGCAACAAAAGCCCUGAUGAGCUGCUGCCCUUCCGCUAUGGUGGCAUGAAGAAAGUCAUCGAGUUUGAUGGUCGUUUGAUGUCCUUGAUGUGCUACAAUGUUCAAACUGUUUGGCCCCUCAAAGCUCAGAUGGGAGGCUAUCCAGGUCGGGUCAGGAUGAGUUGCAAGGCUUUGGCACCUGAUGGCGUGAAGGCCCUGCUGAAGCAGCUCCGUGAGUCAGACUUGCCACCGGAAGAGAAAGAGGCGGAAGACCACGUCCUUUUGGCGAAACACUUGCAGCGGACCAUGCAACAACAGUAUGACGAGUUGAAAGCAGCUGCCAUGGAAAGUGCAAAGCCGAAGAAAGCCUGA